GCCAAUUCUGGUUCUUCACGGUGCACCCACAUCAUGUAGUAGUUCAUGAUCAAUGGACCAGGCGGUCACAUAAAAGAAUGGGUCGAUGGUAGUCCUCCUCAUGAUACAUCGAAAAGUCUUGCUUUUGCUUUGGCCAAUGGGGAGUUCGAUGUUUGGCUGGGAAAUGACAGAGGACCAGGUAUUCGAAUCAUACUCGACUCGAUCCAUAUAAAGGUAAAUUAUCCUGUCUAAUUUGCAUAAUUAAUUUAUUUAGACUAAACAGUUAUAAGCUUUUACAUCUUAUUCUAUUAAUAUACAUGUAUCAAUAUGUUUAUGAAUUUGCCUCUGAUGAAUAUCUUCUUUCAGAUGCUGAAUUUUGGAACUUUACCUUCGUUGAAAUGGGCAAGUAUGAUAUAACUGCUAUGGUGGAUUAUAUUAUUGAUGAAACUGGAUUUGGUAAGAGUUUUAUUUCCACUGACACACUGAUUCAAUCGAUAAUUUUAAUGUUUGUAACUUUAUUCAGAGAAAAUUGUUUACAUUGGUUAUUCACAAGCAACUAUUACAAUGCUAACUCUAUUAGUGAAGCAACCACAAUUUGCCUGUAAAUUGGAUUUAAACAUACUUGUUGCACCAAUAGCGUUUUAUGGUCACAGAAAGGGAGUCACAUCUGUUAUACCAUCAUCUUUAUUGCUCACGGGAAUGGGAUCACAAUAUUCAGGCCCUUUAAUACCCUUUCUCCAAGAAUUUGAUGCCAUUUUAUCGAUAAUAUGCACAAACGAUGCUGUUAAACUGAUUUGCCUCGAAAUUUACAAUUACUUGUUUGGACCUGAUCGAGAAAUGAUUUCACCAGAUCAAAUAAAAGUACUACUGAGUCAAGUGGAUCAAAACUCAAUUAAAAAUGCUCUUCAUGUAAUUCAAUCAUUCAAAUAUGAUCAAAUUCGUGAGUUCGAUUAUGGUCCAAAGACAAACCUUGAAGUAUAUGGUUCGGAAGAGCCACCCAAAUUUCCCUUCAAAAAUGUUCCAAUACACAAUUUGGUUCUCAUUAGUGGGUUAAAUGACUAUUUUGCUCCACCAGUAAGCGUUCAAAAGCUGAGAAACAUUUUGCCAGAUCGGGCUUUUAUUGAUCACAUAGUUACAUGGCCUCUGUGGUCACAUACUGACAUCUUACUUGCUGAUGAAGCCUUUGAGUACAUGCAUAGCGUUAUUAUCGAUAUAAUCCGAGUACAUGGUGAAGACAUUCAAGUUUCACCGGAAGUUUGAUGAAAAAUAAUUUCCACCUCAACUCAUGAUAGCUGAUGUCAAAUCUGA